GAACUACCAUCACCUACUUAGUUUGUUUUGAGUAACUCAACCUUGACAGAGAUCAGAGAACGAUGCCAGACUUCAUCACUUACACUAAAACAAUGAACAUUUUAUGGUUUCUACUCAUCCUCACAGGGACCUGGGCUGAAGUUCCGUCAAUAGAAAAGUAUGGGUUGAAGGGAGGUUUGGUGUGUCUGGCCGUUGCUGAAUCCCCUGGGGAGCAUGAAGAACUUAAAUGGAAAUUCAAAAGUGAUGUAAUAGUUGAUAAUAAAGAGAUCUCUCCUCAAUACAAGGAGAAGGUGCAAUAUAACCCGGUGAACCACUCUCUGUGCAUUAAGAAUCUGAAGGAAACGGACAGUGGAAUUUACUAUCCGACUGUUGGAAAAUGGAAUUUAGAAACUAUUAUUGAGUACAAAGUAACAAUACAGGAAGCUGUUUCCAUACCAGUCAUGAAGGUGGUGUCUCUCUACUCCAACUCAAGUCGGGGACAAUGUAACAUCACAGUGAACUGUUCUGUUAAAGACGUCUGGGCAUUGUCUGUCUGUAACGGGCGUCAGUGCACACUGUCACAACAGUCACUCACCGUAGUCAAUAUCACCAUCUCCAAUGACAACAGCACUAUCCAGUGCACAGGCAAAAAUCACGUCAGUGCAGAGACCAACUCACAACCCAUGAAGGACAUAUGCAUUGAGAAGGGUGGGAAAGCUUCAGAAUACCUAGUUGGCAUCGUUGUGGGCAGUGUUACUGCUGGAUUGCUACUCAUUAUUGUGUUUGUUGGAAUACGACGCAUCAAAUCAACCAGAAGAAGGGCCCAUAAAAACAAGCUGCCACUGCAGGUCAACCCAGUGAGCGCUCCACAAGGGGAGAGACCGGGACCACGAAACACAGGGGCUUCUGACAUAACAACUAUCUACGUCACUGUAGGGAAACCAGGAGCUGCAGGAGUGGAGCUCCCGUCACCAGAAGAGAUGCCAGAGUCACAGUCAGCGGCAAUCUACAGCACUGUGCAGCAACCAGCUGCAGAAGAGUCUCACCUAGUGGACAAAGUGGGCGCUACAAAAGAAGACAGACCAGGGCCGCAGAGCCCUACAUCGAUCUACAGCACUGUACAGAAACCAGCAGCAGCACAGUGUUGCCCAGUGGACAAAUACGGGAACAAUCUCAACAAACCAGACAGAGCUGCUCCAUAGGAGAUAAACUACCCCUCCGUCCCUCUCACAGUUACCCUGCUAUUACAUUGACUAAGACUUGACCCCUAGACUCAGAUAGCGAAAAGCAAAACACGGGAAAUUGUGAACGAGGAAGAAUGAGGGGGAAAUGAAUAUGAAAAAAAACAUUUACUUAUUUUGCUUAAUUAAUCAUUCCAUCUAUUAGCACUGUACAUGCUUUAUUAAAAAUACAUGUAUACAAAACAGCUGAAUAAAAAUACAUGGGAAUCCCGUGUUUGAUCCCAUCUUUAACCAACUGAAAAGAAGGUUGAGAUGACAAGCUCAACCAAACAAUAGCAAUAAAAAGACACGUACAAUCAAUCAACUGUAUAUCAUAUUUUUUGGGUUAUCAUUUUUGUAAUAAGUACCAUAUCUAAUUGGCUAUAAUUCACUAAAUGUAAAUCGCUGGUAAAUGACUGAAAUGUCCAAUGUAGAUCGAUGAGAAAGCGCAUUUACAAAUAUCAAUAGAAAAGUUUCAAUCAAUUUCUGUAGGAUCUGUUACAUCUAGCUGGCUAUGUGGUAGAACUACACAGGUACUAUACAGGUAUGACAGAUUCAAUGAAACUAAUGUUCUAUGACUGAGUGGAAUUUCUUUGAAUUGCACUUUAUUCAAUUCUACUCCCUGCCACUCAAACUCAAAUUAUACAUCAUGUGGGGUGUGGCCAAUUCAAAUAGAAUUUCAACUCAUUAGUUGAAUGGGAGUCAAUUCCAAAGGUCAGAAUUGAGCCCAACCCUGGUGAGAAUGUGUUUAUUGUGUAUUUGAAUAAAUACUUUUGAGUGUACUAUGUA